AGGAGCCUCUCACUUCUAUGGAUGAAACCUGCUCACAAUGAGAUGUUCCGUGGGCCUCCUGUGUGUCCUUGCAGCUCUUCUGCCAGAAGCUCAUGCUCUCUUAUGCACAGUCUGUAAUGCAGAUGAACAAACGUCUUGUGAAGGACAAAGCAUUCGUUGUGUCGCAGGGGGGGUUUGCAGUUCAUUAUUUAAAGAAGUUACUCGUUUAGAUGGAAAGAAAUGUUAUCAGAUUUUCAGAUAUUGCGGGGAUCCAAAAGUCUGUGGAAUAAAUACAUAUUUUAGCUUUGUCAUCUACAGAGGCCGACAGACUAUAACCUGCUGUGACACAGAUAACUGUACUCCACCUCAGCCCACCUGGCCUGACAGUCAGAAAAACGGAUUGACGUGCCCAACAUGUGAAUAUAACGGUUUUGAUUGUAUUUCCAAUGAGAACAUUGAGUGCGUGGGGGAGGAGAUCAAAUGUAUUAAGCAAUCAACGAUAUUUAUAGGACCCUUGUCACAUGAUGUAAUAACCUACCGUGGGUGUAGCAGUGAAAGUGUCUGUAUAUAUGGCAAUUCGACUUAUUCGACUUAUCAUGGCUCCUCUACAGAGAGUAUUGUUACCUGCACCGAUGCAAAUCCUGGACUUUCUAGUGGGUGCUCUGGUCUUCAAAGUGUUCUUCUACUGGCUAAUUGUCUUAUGCUAGUAAAAUUGGUUUUAGACCCAAGUGAAUGAACUAGAAAUAUGUAUUAUUUCCCCCUUCGGCUUUACUGUAUGAAUUAUUAUAGGACCGAGCCCCAUAGUUCUGCUGCAUUCAUACCGGAACUCUGUGACCAUCUCCGACAGAAGAUACAAGAGCAAAAAAAAAAAAAAUACAAAUCGAUUCAAUUGUUUCAGUAAAAUGUUUAAUUUACAUUAAUAUCCAUGAUGAAAACUCACUGUAAAAUUACAUUUUUUGCAAACCAUAAAAAUUAAAAAAUAUAUAUUAUUCCAAAAUGAUGAAUUGUAAUUAGCUGC